AUGAAAUUGUUAGCCAAGAAAAGCACAUUCCUUGUUAGAUUUGUUUCUACUUCCCGACCAAAAUCAAAAGUUGUAACCACAACCGAUGAAGCCCUUCAAGGGAUUGGAUCCAAUAUCACUUUGUUAUCGGGAGGAUUUGGUCUUAGCGGUGUUCCAGAUACAAUUAUAAAUGCAAUGGUAAACCACCCAGCAAUAAAGAAUGUAACUGCUGUUUCUAAUAAUGCUGGCUUGGAUGGCAGAGGGUUAUCCCAACUAUUAGUGACGGGACAAAUUACCAAAAUGAUCUCUAGUUAUAUUGGCGGGAAUAGAACAUUCGAAAAGCUAUAUCUUACUGGUCAAAUUGAUCUAGAGUUAACCCCACAAGGUAAUUUAGCAGAGCGUGUUCGUGCUGGUGCAGCAGGCAUUCCUGCUUUUUAUUCAUCUGCUGGGGUGGGCACCUGGUUAGAAGAAGGGAAAUUACCAGUGAGGUACGACAGCACGGGUGAAAAAGUGUUGAAAACUAGUGAUCCUCGUGAAGCUCGUGAAUUCAAUGGAAGAAAGUAUUUACUUGAACCUGCUAUUCAAGGAGACGUUGCUAUCAUUAAAGCAUUCAAGGCUGACACAAUGGGAAAUUGUUGGUUUCGAGGAGCUGCAAGAAACUUUAACUCGGUUAUGGGCAGAAAUGCAAGAUUGACGGUCGUCGAAGCUGAGCACAUUGUUGAGCCAGGUGAAAUUGCUCCUGAGGAUGUCCAUUUGCCAGCCAUUUAUGUUGACAAAAUCAUCCAAUCGACUACACCAAAGGACAUUGAAUUAUUUACCUUUUCAGACGAAAAAACUGAUAAUGACAAUAAGCAAAAACUGGAAGUGGAAUUGAAACGAGCAAAAAUAGUGAAAAGAGCAGCCCAAGAAUUUGAGGAUGGAUUGUUUGCCAAUUUAGGAAUAGGUAUGCCCACGUUGGCACCAAACUACUUGCCCGACAACAUUCAUGUUACUUUACAGUCCGAAAAUGGUAUAUUAGGAUUAGGUUCGUAUCCCAAGAAAGGUGAAGAAGAUCCAGAUUUAAUCAAUGCUGGUAAAGAAACAGUCACAUUAGCACGUGGUGCUUCAUUGUUUGGGUCUGAGGAAUCUUUUGCAAUGAUUAGAGGUGGAAAGAUUGAUUUGACAAUAUUAGGUGGUUUGCAAGUUUCAUCCAAAGGCGAUUUAGCUAACUGGGGAUUACCCGGACGGGUAAAAGGUAUGGGUGGUGCAAUGGAUCUUGUUAGCAAUCCAUCUGCCACGAGGGUAGUUGUAGUCAUGGAUCAUGUAGACAAGAAAGGUAGACCCAAAAUUCUCGAGGAGUGUCAAUUCCCAUUGACUGGUAAAAGAUGUGUUUCUAGGAUCAUCACUGACUUAGCUGUAUUUGAUAUCGUUGAUGGAAAGUUGAUUCUUAUUGAAAUUGAUCCCGAAACAACCGUUGAAGAAGUUGCUUCCAAAACCGGGGCCAAAUUCGAAGUUGCAAAAGAUUUGAAAAAAAUUGAGGUUUGA